AUGGCCAAAUUAAAAAUUUGUGAGUGGGGAUCUUUGGAUGAAAAUCUUGUUCAAAUACGUUUAUCAACUUUAAAGCGAAUACUUCCAGUAGCUAUAUCUUAUGGCUUAGAGCAAAAGGAACAAGAAACUAAGCACUUAAUAAUUUAUGAUACAGGAGAAAAAAUAGACCACCAACCUCAUUUAUCUAAAUUUGCAGAAAUAUUCAAUACACAAAAUGAACUAUUUCCAGAUUCAGAUGUUUUACUCUUUGAAGAAAAUGUUGGUUUUGUUGAUUUUUCAUCUGAUUUAAGAACCCAAUUUGAAGACAUCAUUCAAGGAAGGAAAGAAUCUGCAAAUGAUUCAGAAUGGUUUAAAAAUUUACAAUUAUUUUUCAAAUUUCUUAUUGAACGAAGAAUAUAUCGUGUUGAGCAAUGGUUUUCUGAAAACAUUAGCAAUUUUCCACAAGACAAUAGUGAGGUAGUUAUUGGAAAAUAUGCUCUUGAAAAAGAGAUUGAUAAGCUUACACAUUUUUGGACAUUAUGUGGACUUUCUUGUCAGGAUUGUGGAUUACGCUGCCUUAAAAAUCAUGGUCAUACUGACAAUCAUGACUGCAAGACUAAUCAUGAAUGCCAUUUCUCAUGUCAAUUUGUAGAGGCACAUAGUUCUUUUAUUCCAACUUGUAGUUAUAAAGCAGGACAUGAUGGGAAACAUGCAUGUAAUAAAGCCAGUCAUUUAUGUGGAAAACCCUGUAAACUUAUUGAUAAAUGUAAUUGUCAAAAAAAAUGUUCUAAAGAUAUUGGACAUGAUGGUGGACUUGAAGAUGAUGAACAUAUGUGUCAAUCAAAUCGUCAUAAUUGUGGAGAGCCAUGCUCACUGUUUACAUCAACUAAAAAAGGAGAUUAUGAAUUAACAAACAAAAAUCAUAUUUCUUCUGGUAUUUCAAAAUAUUUUUGA